GUGUAUGUCUGGGGUGGUGGUAAAAUUACACCACAGAAAGUAGAUUUCUUCACCAAGGAAAAGAGUCCAAUUCAAGUUGAUUGUGGUGAAUGUCAUUUUGCUGUAUUAACUGUUGAAAAAGAAGUAUUUACAUGGGCAAAUCCCCAGGGUGGUAUAGAUAUUGUGGGUCAGUUAGGCCAUGGUGAUACUGCUGGUUAUAAAACACCUAGAUUAAUACAAGGUUUAUCUGGUAUACAUAUUAAACAAAUAUCUUGUGGUAAAGAUUUUACUCUCUGUUUAUCAAAUGAAGGUAAAGUGUAUGGUUUUGGAUCAGAUUAUAAUGGUUGUAUGGGAAGAGGUUAUGAAGGUGAUGAUGUGUUAUCACCUACAUUAAUAGAGUAUUUUAAUGAUACACCUGUAGCAGAAGUAUCUUGUGGUGAUUCUCAUUGUGUUAUUUUAACAACAGAAGGUCAUGUUUAUACUUGGGGCUGUGGAGAAUUUGGUAUGCUAGGACUUGGUUCUGAAGAUGACUAUAAUACUCCUCAAAAGGUAUCAAUACCAGGUAAACAUCUAAUAAAACAUGUAUAUGCUGGAAGUGACGGUACCUUUCUACUAGCUAGUAAUGGUAGAUUAUUAGCUACUGGUAGUAAUGAAAACAAUAAAUUGGGCUUUAAUUCACAGACAUCUGGUCUCAGAAAACGAAAGAAAAAGGUGUACGAUAUACCAUGUAAAUGUAGUUUUAGUACAGUUAAACCACUUAGUAGAAAUCAUAUUAUAUCUGUUGCUACUGGACCUAGUCAUUCUGCCUGUAUUGACAAUUUUGGUUUCUUAUAUACAUUUGGUAGUAAUAAGUAUGGACAGCUAGGUUUAGGUGAUUAUAAGAAACGAUCAACAUUAUAUCGUGUUGGUGGUGUAUUAGCUGGUAGAAGGGUAGAAAAAGUAUCAUGUGGUGAUGGAUUUACUGUUGCUGCUACUGAUGAUAAUCAGAUCUAUUCAUGGGGUCAUGGUGAAAAUGGUAAAUUAGGAGCUAUAUUUAAAGAACAUGGACAGAAGAGUAGUGUCAAGUGUACAGCUUUACCUAGACCUAUAUUUGGUUCUCUACAUGUUGUACCUUGUUUGUCAUCAUAUCAUUGGAAUAAUAUUAUUAUAGCAGAAAAAGUCUUGAAUCAGAAAACACUAAAACCUCGAGUUUCUUCACCAAAAUGUAAGUUUAUGUCUAAUAUUCAGUAG